ACCGCUCUAAGCAUCCCUGAACACACUACAACAACAAACCUCAGAAAUGGCAUUCAAGUUGGUAGUUCUCUCUUGCCUCUUGGCUCUCGCUCACGGUAGCGGGGUGCCCGCGGCCAUUGCCGCUGCUCCCGUGGCAUACGCUGCCCCCGUGGCCGCAGCCAGGCUGGAGGAGUUCGACCCGCUCCCACAGUACAACUUUGGGUACAACGUGGCUGACUCUCUCACCGGCGACUACAAGAGCCAGACCGAGCAGCGUAACGGAGACCUGGUUCAGGGCCAAUACUCUUUGGUGGACUCUGACGGCACUCGCCGAGUAGUCGACUACACUGCUGACUCAGUGAACGGUUUCAACGCAGUCGUGCGCAAAGAACCCCUUGUUGCGGCAGCACCGGCUGUUGUCGCUGAGCCCGCUGUCGUGGCUGCACGAUACGCCGCCGCCCCUGUAGCCGCCCCCGUGCCCGCACCCGUUGCUGUUGCACGCUAUGCCGCUGCUCCCGUCGCUGCCCCCGUCGUGGCCGCUCGCUACGCUGCUGCCCCAGUAGCUGCUCCUGUAGUAGCUGCCCGCUACGCUGCCGCCCCAGUAGCUGCUCCUGUCGUAGCUGCCCGCUACGCUACCGCCCCUGUAGCCGCUCCAGUUGUAGCUGCCCGUUAUGCGGCUGCACCUGUAGCUGCCCCAGUCGUAGCAGCUCGCUACGCAGCCGCACCUGUAGCUGCCCCAGUCGUAGCCGCCCGCUACGCGGCCGCUGCCCCAGUCGCUGCUCCCGUGGUAGCUGCCCGCUACGCUGCCGCCCCUGUGCCUGCCUACAGAACUGCUUACCCCGCUCCAGUGCCUGCCGCCUAUACAGCCUACUCAGCUCCAGUAGCUGCUGCGUACACAGCUGCGUGGUAGAUCACGGCCAAAUCAUCAUAAUCCGACGAUAGCAAACCUAAAAAGACUUGAAUUGUA